CACAUGGCAUGAACCUGCUGUCUCUUUCUCUCUCUCACCACGAGUUCGGGCUGAGGCUCAUAUAUCCCAGUAUCUGGAUACCCUUUCUUCUUCUUCAUCUGCUCCUCCUCCUCCUCCGUUUGUUGGUUCCUUCGACGAAUUAAUCUUAUAGCUUCGUCCCUAUUUUGCCAUUUUCCAUCAACCCUUGCCCCAUGUCCUCUGCCCCUUUCUUUCUGUCUGAUUUUUUCGACUAAAUUUGGGUUAGAUUCCUUUCGUCCUGUAGCUUUCCGCAAUUUCGACGAAACCCUUUUUUUGUUCAAUUCCUUUUCUGGGUUUAAAGGAUCUUCCAGGGGGUUUUUCUCGUUCGUUUCGAUUUCUGAAGUUCUCUCCAGGUAUUAUCUUUUCUGUUUCCACUUUUUUUGUACAUUGAUACGGUGGACCUGUAAACCGGACAAUCGGAUGCACCUCCCGCUGAAGCAAGCAAGAAGUGGGGUGUUGUGUUGGAAAAAUGGAACCUUGUUCAUGGGGUUAAGUGCGUGUCUUUGAUCUUGUCUGUGUAGCUCCGUAGUUCGUACUUAGUCAUACGAUUUUAUGUAUCUGAUGCUGGGUUUUGUGGAACAUGUUGUGACGUUUUCUCAGAUUAGGGCUUUGCCAAAUCCCUUAUCAAUCUGAAAUGGGUAUCUGGUGUUAUUAGUGCGAUCUCCCCAUUGAAAUAUUUGGAUAGAAAACCGAACGGGAGAGAUCAUGGUUGUACUUGGAAUCUUGAUUUCUGUGGAUCAAAGGUAGAGCCUUUGAGUGAUAUUCUGAAUAUGGCCGCUUCAACUGAGCCAUCAUCGUCUCUAAGUAUCACCUCUUCUCACUUAUCCAAUGGCUCUGUUGGCACCAAUCAGUCAUCUCUAUUCCAUAGCAGCUCGGCUACCAAUCUUGAGGUCGUUGCUCUAAGCAAACUUAGCUCCAAUUUGGAGCAGCUGCUCUUCGAAUUAGACUCUGAUUAUAGCGAUGCUGAAAUCUUCAUCGAUGGUGUUUCUGUGGGUGUCCACAGAUGUAUUUUGGCUGCCAGAAGCAAGUUUUUCGUUGAGUUGUUUAAGAAAGAAAACAAUGGGGCAACUGGGAAAUCCAAGUAUCAUAUGAAAGAUUUGUUGCCUUAUGGAAAAGUGGGACAUGAGGCGUUUUUGCAUUUCUUGAACUAUAUCUACACUGGAAGGUUGAAGCCUUUUCCUAUGGAGGUGUCCACUUGUGUCGACACAGUUUGUGCCCAUGACUCCUGCAAGCCUGCCAUUGACUUUGCUGUUGAACUGAUGUAUGCUUCCUCUGUGUUUCAACUCCCGGAGCUGGUUUCGUCUUUUCAGCGGAGACUUUGUAACUUUGUGGAGAAGUCUCUCGUGGAGAACGUCCUUCCUAUCCUCUUGGUUGCUUUCCAUUGUAAAUUGACUCAGCUUCUUGACCAGUGUGUUGAGAGAGUGGCAAGAUCGGAUCUUGACAGGUUCUGCAUUGAGAAGGAGCUUCCUUUGGAAGUGUCGGAAAAGAUUAAACAGCUUCAGGGUAGGUCUCCACAGGACGAGGACAGUACUUCAGAUGUGUCAGAAAAAUGGCAAAAGAGUAUCGGGACAAUACACAAAGCACUUGACUCAGAUGAUGUUGAGCUCGUAAAACUUUUGUUGACCGAGUCAAAUGUAACUCUUGACCAAGCCAAUGCUUUGCAUUAUGCGGUGGCAUACUGUGACUCGAAAGUUGUGGCCGGAAUUCUCUCUCUAGAUAUGGCUGAUGUGAACUUCAGGAAUUAUCGGGGUUAUACGGUUCUGCAUUUUGCUGCAAUGCGUAAGGAGCCAUCGAUCAUAAUUUCCCUUUUGAAAAAAGGUGCCUUUGCAUCAGACUUGACAUUCGAUGGACGAAGUGCAGUUAAUAUAUGUAGGAGGCUGACAAGGCCUAAAGAUUACCAUACCAAAAUGGAGAAGGGGCAGGAAUCUAAUAAAGGCCGCAUAUGCAUAGAUAUCUUGGAGAGAGAAAUUAGGAGGAACCCGCUGGCUGGGGAUACACCGACGUGUUCCCAUUCUAUGCCCGAGGAUCUUCAAAUGAGGCUGUUAUACCUUGAAAAACGAGUGGGGCUUGCUCUGUCAUUCUUCCCAACAGAAGCCAAAGUGGCUAUGGACAUCGCCAAUGUUGAGGAAACGCUUGAAUUCACGGGUCUUCCACCGCCAUCAAAAGGUUCAACUGGGAAUCUAACACAGGUUGACUUGAAUGAAACACCUCAUAUGCAAACAAAAAGACUCCGUGCCCGGAUGGAAGCUCUCAUGAAAACCGUUGAGACGGGAUGGAGGUAUUUUCCGCAUUGCUCGGAGGUUCUGGACAAGUAUAUGGAUGAGUGCAUGGACGAGGACAUGUCAGAUGUGCUACACCUCGAAAGAGGCUCUCUUCAGGAGAGGAGAUUGAAGAGGAUGAGGUACAAGGAGCUGAAGGAAGAUGUCCAAAAGGCAUACAACAAAGACAAGGAGGCCGAGGUUGCCCGCUCUUGCCUCUCUGCCUCAUCUUCUGCUUCUUCUUUAAGAGACGAUGCCCUCAAGAACACCACGUGAAAAAAAAAAAAAAGUUGAAGCCUUAAAGAAAAAAAGUGAUGUCUAUAUUUUCCUUCUUCUCGCCUGUUUGAAAGGCAACAGAAGAGAGUGAAAGACCCACUUGUGGUAAAUCAGGAAUUAUAGAGAUACUUAGGAUGUAUCAGGGAAUGUGUAUUAGUGGAAUGGAGACCUGCCUGCUUAAUAUUGA